CGUCUGCAGUCCCGGUAUUACUCUCAACGUGUGAUUCUUCCAAUUGGCCCCUGCCAUUACCUGUUCCAAUUUCCAUUCCUGUUUCUCGAAGCAUUCUUCCUCAUCGUUGAAUCUUCAGUCCCACAGGUGUCUUAGAUAUAUAGAUUACUUCAAGAUCUAUAUUUUAAGUUACGAGCAUUAAUUCCAACUUUCCACUCCACCCGUUCAUCGAAAACGUUCACCGUCUGUCUAUAAACGAAAUGGCAACCGAGGUCAAUAAUGUCGAAGGUUCUGCUGCCGCAAGACUCCUUCAAAAGCAUGCUGAAAACCCUCUCCAUCAUGUAACUGUUGAGGAUGUUCCCGAUGAGGAGCUGAAGUCGCCUUCAGCUCCCGAUGCUGCCGAAAAAGCUUCAUGGGGCCAAACUCCCUCUGCUAAGGCGGCCGGGAAGCAGCCUGCUAAGGAAUCGGGCCCUCUCGACACCCAAUCGCAUGAGGCUUUCCCCGAACUUGGUGUCCCCAAGACAGCUACAUCCAAGUCUAAUGUCUCUCCUAUCUGGGGUGGUGCGAAUGGGAAGAUGAACGGGACAUCAUGGUCGACCAAUGGUACUCCUCGAGCUUCCACUCCAGCUUCGGGUGUCUCUACGCCUACUGGAGUCCCUCCGCCUAUGUCGAUACCUGGUCGCAAUGUUGAAACAUUCCUCUUGGAGGCGCGUCAUGUUCUGCCCCGUACCCAGCUUAAGCGUCCCCUCCAGGAUAUUCUGAAGGACAUCAACCGCAAGUCACGCGCUCAGGUCUCGUUGGCACCAGCUCCCAGUGGGUACUUCAAGUUCGAGGCGACUGGGCCACAGGACAAAGCGCAGCAGGCUCUUCGGGACUUGGUCCAGCAAAUCGGGAUCAAGACUUCCAUCGCCGUCCCGAUUCCACUAUCUGCAAGAGCUCUUGUGAUUGGUAAACAAGGUUCCACCAUCAAGUCGAUUCAAGAAAAGUCCGGCGCUAGAAUUCAGUUGCCGAAGAUCGAUGAUGCCGCUGGUAACUUGGAUGACGAUGAAGAUGCUACCAUUGAUGUACUUGUUGAGGGUAAUGCACUUUCGGCGGCCUUGGCUCGUGAUGCUAUUAACAAAAUAGCUGGAGAACGAUCAGCGAAUCUCAACACGAAACUGAAGUCUAUCCCAUCUGAGUUUUAUCCAUUCAUAGCAGGUCCGAACAACAGCCUCGCUGCGGCUUUGGAAGCUGAACAUGGUGUGCAAAUUCGCGUGCCUCCCCACCAACCAUGGUCCCAUUCAGUUCCUCAGGUGCCGGCGGCAGGACAGCGACCAAGUUUUGGACCUCCCGCCAACGAUAACUACAUCCAACUCGCCGGUGACCGUGCAGCAGUUCAAGCAGCGCGGGCUGCUAUUGAGCGCCAAGUACAGGAGCUUCAGAACCAACUACUCUUAGACCAAGUUGAGAUUCGUCAAGGCACCCACCAAUUUAUUAUUGGCGACCGAGGUAUUCCUACGGAGGACUUUUUUGCCGAUACCAAUUGUGUCGUGGUCUUGCCUAGCUCACCAGGUGUUGACACUGUUACAGUGAUUGGCCGAGCUGAUGAUGUGAACGCUGGAUUGGAAAAGGCUAUGGAUCUUGCUACGCAAGUACACACAUCUGUAUUUGAUGUUGCGAAGCACCAUAGUCAUGCUUCCGGCGGUGCUCCGGCAUAUUCGCGAGACAUCUCUCGUUACCUUCGCCAACGAAAAGAGAUCGAGCGACUCGAGAAACUGUAUCAGAUUCAUAUUAACACUCCUUUCUCGGAAGGCAUAGUCAGCCCAUGGGAAUUAUACGCGAGAGAAGGCAAGAACGCGCUUAAAGCGCAAAAAGAAAUGAGCUCCAUCAUCAACGGCCAUCCGCCCUCUCGAUUUGCGACGGUUCCGGUUGAUUCCUUCUUCCACUCUUAUCUCAGGAGCGACAUCAGGCCUAAGGUUCAGAAUGACUUCGGUGUCAAUUUGAUCGUUCCGGAUGCGGCGGAAGGUGAUAUUCCUGUCCUCCUAGUGUAUGAAGGCGAGGACGCUCCCAGUCAGAGUUACCAAGUCCCACAGAAGGCUCCUACUGCUUCUGAACUCGAACAAUUUCGACGGAAUUUGACUGAAGCUCGGAAAAAUAUCCUUGAGCUCAUCAAUAAGCAGGAGCAGAUUAGCACAGCGACCCUGGAAGUGCCAGUCAAAUUUCAGGAGAAACUUCGGAAAUUCAUUAAAAGGGAGCAGGACGCAACUACUCGUGCUGCUGGUGACAUCCCUGUUAGGGUCAGUGUGAGAGGCACCACAGUUACGAUGCGAGGUCCCACUUCUAGCGUGGAGUCGCUUGCGAAGAAGGCAGCAGAUUUCAUCGAGCAAGAGAAGGAAGACGAGAAGGAGCGCGGUUUCAUCUUGAAGUUUGACUUCCCACAGAAAUUCGCCAACCAUCUUAUUGGCAAGGGUGGCAGCCAUAUCAACGAACUGCGCGAGAAGUUUGAUGUGGAUAUUCAAGUCCAGAAUGGAGAAGUUGAACUAAAGGGACCUAAAGCAAAGGCUGAACGGGCAAAAUCUCAUAUCUUAUCUCUUGCGCGUCAGUGGGCCGAUGAAACCCUCCACACCUUGAAGAUCGAGCCCAAGUACCACCGGGAGUUGAUUGGUGCUCAAGGCAGCCAGAUUCACCGACUACAGAACCGUUACAAAGUCCACAUCAACUUCCCCAAGACUGCGAAGUCUGGCAAGGACGAUGAAUCUGUUGCGGACGUCGCAAGUGAAACUGGAAAACCUCGACGACAGCAAGGACCCGAUGAAGUUACGAUCAGAGGCCCAAAGAAGGGCGCAGACGAGGCCCGCGAUGAGAUCUACUCCCUUUACCAAUAUCUUAAGGAAAAUUCGUUCGUCGCAACCGUGUCUGUUCAACAAAAGCAACUUCCGUCUCUGAUUGGUUCCGGCGGUGCCGGUAUGGAUGAACUUCGUCAAACCACCGGAGCAAAGAUUGAUAUUCCCAAUGAUCGUAAUGACUCUCAAGAUGCCACAGUUGAAAUUCAGAUCAAAGGCACCAAGGCGCAAGUUGCAGCGGCUAAGAAGAUUAUCGAAGAAAAACGUGCCGUAUUUGAUGAAACAGUCACAAAGACUGUUGAAAUCGACAGAAAGUGGCACAAGAACCUCAUUGGUCCCGGUGGUUCAACUCUCCGUGAUAUUGUCAUCAAAGCUGGUGGCCCUGAAGAUAGACGACUCCAAGCUCGGACUAUUCAGUUCCCCAAGCAAGAUACGGAUGGGAAUGCUAUCAAGAUCGAGGGACGACAAGAUGUUGUCGACAAGAUUAUUGAUAGCAUCAAAGCUCUAGUAUUAGAGCGCGAGAGCCAAGUAACGGAAUCUAUGGAAGUACCCGUUGAAAAGCACCGAUCGCUUAUUGGGCGCGGCGGCGAGACGAAGCGCCAGCUCGAAUCGCAACUCAACGUGUCCAUUGAUAUUCCGCGACAAGGAAGCGGCCUGACCGGCGUGAAGCUCGUUGGACAGCCUGCUGAUGUUGAGAAAGCGAAGGAACAUAUUUCGUCGCUAAUCAAAGAACAGCAAGGCGAGACGAUCCAGGUCCCGCGAAAGUAUCACCAUGCUAUCUCGGAGAACGGCCAGUUCUUCCGUAGACUUAGGAAUGAUCAUAAAGUCACAGUUGACCAUGCUGGUCAAGCUGUGCCACCUAAGCCCCAACCCUCUUCUACGCGGGCUAAUAAUGGUGCACUCCCCUUGAUUACCGAUGACGCGGAAGCUGCAAAUGAUGCCUAUUCCUGGACAGUUGUCGACACUGCCUCUUCGGAUGAUGGCGAUAUUCCGUGGGUACUAAAGGGCAGCCAAGAUAACAUCGAGAAGGCGAAGAAAGCCAUCGCGGCAGCCCUUGAGCAAGCCCAGAAGAACAACACCACCGGCUACCUUAUCCUGCCAGACCCAUCUACAUACCGCCAUGUUAUUGGCCAAGGCGGUUCAAAGGUCAACUCGAUCCGCAAGCAAAGCGGAUGCAAGAUCAACGUUCCACGUGACCAAGCCAAGGACGAAGCCAUAGAGAUAUUGGGCUCUAAAGAGGGCUGCGAGAAGGCCAAGGAACUCAUCCUCGAGGCCGUGCGUGAAGGACAGGCUGGAAGGCGGGAUUAGAAGUCUCGUACGCAGCAAAGUACUACAUGCAUAAUGGCGGCCACUUGGGGCUAAUUAUUAACGUGUAACGUUGGCAACGGCUCCUAGGGGUUGGUGCCGUGGAUGGCGGCCCGGUGGGGAAGGGGAUCAUAUGAAUUAUCUAUAUCUUCGUGAUUAAAAAAAUCGGACUAGCAGGUAUAAAUAAAAAUUGCUAAUUACUCAACUCACUCUAUGAUAACA